AUGCCACUCAAAAGAACACCACCAUUGACUCCUACAAAUCUAACUCCAGUUACCAAUACUGCAUUUCUUACUAGCAGCGACCCCAAUUUAAGCACAUGCGUCGAAAAAGAGAGAAAUAUCAAGAGGAAGAGAGAAGAACUGGUGGAGCGUAGUGAUUUGGAGGAUUUCAAAACUUUAAUGACCAAUAUGUUCCAAGAGCUCUUAGACUCAAUUAAAGAAAUUAAAGAACAAAAUAUAAAACUACAAGAAUCCGUUGACUUCACCGCUGUCAAAUAUGAAGAAACAAAGGAAAAGAUGUUAAAGCUGGAGAAGGCCAGGGACGAGGAUCGCAAGCAUAUUGUUAAUUUAGAAGAAAGGUUAGAACAAUUAGAGAGGCAGGGUCGAGCAUCGAGCUUGGAAAUAAGAAACCUGCCACGGACAAACGACGAAACCAAGCAAGGCCUGUCUAAAGUGGUAAUUGAGUUGGCUAAAACCAUCAAUGUGCCACUAUGUGAAUCUGAUGUGAAGGAUAUUUUCAGAGUCAAUGCUAAAACCUCGAAACCCAUAUUGGUUGAUCUGCACUCCGUUCUGCUGAAAGAGAAGUUUCUUAAUGGCCUAAAGAAAUUCAACAAAAAUAAUGAGGACAAAUUAAAUACGGGACACUUGAACAUGAAUGGACCGAAAAUUCCUAUAUUUAUCUCUGAGAACCUAACCACAAAAAUGAGACGUCUCUUCUUCCUGGCCAGAGAAUUGGGCGCGCAAGAUAAUUAUAAAUAUUGUUGGACAUCGUAUGGCAGAGUUUAUCUACGAAAGGAUGAAGGAGCAGCCCUAAUCCGUAUUGAAUCUGAAUCUGAUAUUUGUAAGCUAAGAAAUAAUUUGUGA